ACCUUUCUCCUCGACACUCACUACCACGACCCACCACGACCGUCACGACUUCAGAGGCUCGCAGCGCAAGCAGGCUUGAACGCUGUACCCAGUUGUCGAAUUUUUAGCUCGUCGUCGACAUGCGAUUCCCUGUUCUUGGCCGUCUGAGGAGCCACGAAUACCUCGCCAUAAUCUUUGGUUUCCUCUUUAUCGUCUCCGAAACCUGCCUCACCUCUGUUAUCUCUAUCCUCCCCAAGUCCGUCAUCCAGUGGUUUUAUAACCGCUCCCGCUACAUAUUCCACCUCGUUGUUGGCCCGCCGAAGCGCAAGACAGAGGAGGAGCGUCUUGCGGAUCGCAUUCGCCGGGCACGCGAUUUUGAGCACCUCUGCACCAUCUUCGGCUACACCUUUGAGGAGCAUGUCAUCCAGACAAAGGAUGGCUACCUGCUGGGCCUACAUCGCCUGUGCCUGAGGCAAGGCGAUCGGCGCGACAGGAUGGGCAUAUCCACGGGGAAACCGGUCGUUUACCUCCAUCACGGCCUCUUGAUGAACUCUGAGGUCUGGGUGUGUCUGACCGAGUCUCGUCGAUCCCUUCCUUUUGUCCUCGUCGAGUUGGGCUUCGACGUCUGGCUGGGCAAUAAUCGUGGCAACAAAUAUUCAAAGAAGUCGAUCUAUCAUGACCCCAACUCCGCCAAAUUCUGGAAUUACAGCAUCGACGAUUUCGCGUGGCACGACAUCCCGGACUCGAUAGAAUACAUUCUUAACGUGACGAAGGAGGAGAGUUUGAGCUACAUCGGGUUCAGCCAGGGCAGCGCACAAGCCUUCGCUGCCCUCAGUAUUCAUCCUCAGCUCAAUGAGCGGGUCAAUGUUUUCAUUGCAUUAGCACCCGCCAUGAGUCCUGCAGGGUUGGCUGCGCCGAUCGUUGAUGCCCUCGUGAAAGCUUCCCCAACCCUACUGUAUCUCAUCUUCGGCCGAAAGGCAAUUCUCUCAUCUGCCCACGGCUGGCAGUCCCUCCUUUACCCACCCCUCUUCUCCGCCGCUAUCAACACCUCGCUGCGUUGGCUCUUCAACUGGCAUUCUCGUAAUAUUUCCAGCACACAGAAGCACGCCGCGUAUGCGCACCUGUACUCCUUCACCUCUGUCAAGUCCGUCGUCCACUGGUUCCAGAUCAUGCGGAAUGGCAAGUUCCAAAUGUACGACGACGACGUGCAGCACCCGCUAGUGCUCACGCGUGGCUUAUCCGGCGUCAGCUCCUACGCACCGGCGCGCUUCCCUACCCGCAACAUUGUCACCCCCAUCGUUCUGCUAUACGGUGACAGCGACUCACUUGUUGACAUUAACGUCAUGCUGCGCGAGCUGCCUUCCCACACCACCGCGAUCGCCCUUCCCAGUUACGAACACGUCGAUAUUCUCUGGGGAGAGAAUGUUGACGAGGAUGUCAUCCCGCACGUGAUUCGUGCUUUGCGUAGUCACUGCAUAUAUCCCGACAGGUUGGAGAUGGACGUGAAGAUGGUGAACGGACUCACCAUUGUAGUGGAGCCGUCGGGUUACACGACGCCGGCGGAGUCGAUAACUGAUUGACGAUCUAGUGGUACAACGGCGACCGCGUAUGCGCCUUCUGCGCACUACGCCGGGCUCGAUCGCUAACAUGUCGACCUACAUAAUUGUAAUACCACCCUCCUGUUCUUCUAGCAUUCCAGGCCCUCUUGCGGCUUUUGAUGUCGGUCGAGGCGAACGCGUACGACAUGGCUCCAAGCUAUGCGAAAGGGUGGUAGGAAUAUAAUUUGUAGUCCUUGGUCCCGAAAAUGCUAAAAU